AUGAGACGCAAUUUUAAUGAGCCUCGUUUCAACCCUGCUCCUGGAACAUGUCCACUCAGUGGAUACAUCGAGUUCAACUACGAAAUGCACCAGCAAAUGUCGGAACAUUACAAUCAAAAGGACGAGAUCCGAUGUUGGGUUGAAGACUGUAUUCAACAGUCCGGCUAUGAUUAUUCUUGUUAUAUUGUGGGAUCGACCUCAAAUGGCUUCGGAACAAAGAACUCCGAUGUCGAUAUCUGUCUGGUUAUCGACCACGAUACUGAACAAGUCAGCAAAAGUGAUUCUAUGAAGGCUCUUAAAAUCUGCCGCAAAGCGAUAAGAAAUGUCGGAAAAUUCAACGACUUCGCCGAACUUAUUCCAGCUAAAGUCCCGAUAUUGAGGCUCAAUAUUCGAGGCGUUCAGAUCGACAUAAACUGUAACAACCUAACUGGAUUGCGGAACACUUGGUUGUUGAAUGCAUAUAGUGCAAUGGGUCCUCGAGUAAUUGAUCCCAGAGUCAGACCUGUCGCCAUGUUUUUAAAGAAAAUCUGUAAAAAGCUCACAAUCAACGAUGCCUCCGAAGGAACACUAACAAGCUACAGCAUCAAUCUCAUGCUUAUCAAUUAUCUCCAAACGCGCACACCUCCAAUUCUUCCAGUUCUUCAAGGCUUAGAUGAAGAGAUCAACAUCUCCGACUCUCUUCAUGAGCUUCCUCAUCGUAUUCGACGUCAUCCAGCGGAAUGGGAAGUCCAAAACACAGCUACAGUUGGUCAACUUGUUUUUGGUUUCUUUGACUACUACAAUCAAUUCGACUUCAAUCAAGUCAUCUCUGUCAGACUUGGGAAGCCAGUGAGCGCUUUAGAUGAAAGACUUAUGUUUCCAGACAACCAACUCUUUACUGGAAAGAAAAUCAGGAUAGAGGAGCCUUUUGAUGGGACGAAUACAGCUCGAGCUGUUUAUAAACCUGAAUCGUUCCCGAAGAUUAAAUUUGCUAUCCAAACUGCCCAGAGAUUAUUCGAAAAGUGCCUUGACGGAGGAAUAGAUGUACAAGAAGUUGUUAACGAUCUUUAUCUGGAUAAGGAAGAACUCGAGAACAUACUUACGCAGGAAGCCUUGGACUCAAUUACACAGGAGUCCAAGCACAACAUCUUCGUCAUCUCCUCAUCCGACUCAAGUGAAGAUGAAGGGAAUCGGAAAAAUGAUUCCAGUGAAGAUAAAAACGCAAGCGCAAAAAGAGAGGGCACGGAGAAAGAGACAGAGAAAGACAGAAAAGAAAAAGAACGAGAAGUCGAGGUUACAAAUGAUCACAGGCCAAGUGAAACAUCAGACACACGCGGCGAAGAAAGCAAUGGGACGAUUGGGUCAGCUACUCGGGAUCACAAAGAAUUUGUGAGCGAUGAGGGCGUCGGAACGUACACUGGCGAUACUGUAACUGUUGAAAGUGAUGAAGAAUAUGAUUUUGAAAUUGUUGAAGAGAAAAGCACUAGUGCAGUGCUGGACGAGAAAAAGCAGAAGAUGAAGAAGAUUUUAGAGAUACUCAAACAGAAAGCCGAUGCUAUGAGCUCUGAUGAUUCUUCAGACGAAAACCCGAAUCAUGAAUCGGAAGAUGACGACAGUGGCGAUGAUUGCGUUAUAACGUCGGCUUACACUCCGCCCGUCGCGACCAAAGAAACGUUGGAAGGAAAAACGGCCAAAGAAAUCGAAUGCAUCCUUUUGGAGAGCGACGACGACGAUGACGAAAAACCAAGUACCUCAGAAAUUAAAUUUCCGCCUUCUAAAUUAUCUCUGCCUCCUCCAAAGUCUAGCUGA